AUGGCUAAGAGCCUAUCUCCCUUCAAAAGUGCAUCCUCACAGAUGCCUGCACUUACCCUAUCCGUCGGCCAACUUUUCAUCCAAGCCCAACUAUGCAGCAAGCCACAGUUGCCCCCCAAAGAUCUCGACCUCUCGGGCCAAACCGCGAUCAUCACCGGAGCAAAUAAUGGAAUCGGCUUUGCAUGUGCCAAGCUUCUGCUCCAGCAUAACUUGAGCCAUCUCAUCAUCGCCGUGAGGUCUGAAGAUAAAGGCAAUGCUGCGGCUGAGCAACUUCGUCGGACAGCAUCGUCAACAAGUUCCCAAAUCGAUGUUUGGAGGCUCGACAUGGGGGACUACAGCUCCGUUGAAGGCUUUGCAAAGCGCUGCGAGACUCUGUCUAGGAUAGACCUUGUCAUUCUCAACGCUGGCAUGGGCGAUAUAACUUUCCACCUAAACAAGAAUACAGGUCAUGAAGAGACAAUACAAGUCAACUUUCUCUCUACCAUGUAUCUUUCCGUUAUUCUCUUGCCUAUACUCAAGAGUAGGGCACCAGCUCCUAAGCCAGGCCGCCUGACUAUCGUCAGUUCAGGGACAGCCAUGCAUUGCGAGUUGCCCGAAGCCAAGGCAGACCAUAUCCUAUCCGCUCUUGACUCAGAAGGCAAUUUCGAUGGCAUGGGGCAUUACGGAAAGUCCAAGCUUCUCGGUCAUCUCUUUAUCGACAGACUAUCUCAACACGUUGACCCCAGUGAUGUUAUCAUCAACCUUAUCGAUCCCGGAUUGACCAAGGGCACAGGCCUUAUGAACAAAGGCUCUUGGCUGAUGAAGAUAGGUAUGGCCAUAGGAACAAGACUAGUGGGUCAUACACAGGAACAAUCUGCCUCAUCCUAUAUUGAUGCCGCGAUUAUCAAGGGAGAAGAAUCACAUGGAUCAUAUAUCAUGGAUUGGAAGAUUUACCCAUUCGGUUUCUACUACUACACUGAAGAGGGCAAGAGUGUUCAGGACAGAAUCUGGAGGGAGGUGAUGGAUGAAUUUGCCUUUGCUCAUAUGGAAGAGACUAUACGUUCAUUAAAGAAGUAA